ACAGCCAUGGCUCAAGAAAGCGACAACGGAAACACGCUUCCUGCGUUUACCUUCGGCGACGAAGCAACGCCGAGCACAAGCCAGGAAUUCUCCGAGGGUGCUUUGUGUACGUCCGACUAUUGCGCUACGAUUUGUGACGACUCCUUCGAAGACCUGUGGAACGCGUUGAGCAGCCACAACGAUGGCACGGACGUCACUGGCCAUACACAUGUCACUGAAAGCGGGAAUCACUAGUUCCCCGCCUGUGGCGUCCAGCACUGGCAUCAAUCACGCACAGCCCACUACAAGCCACGCUAGCAUAGAGGAAGGAUUGGUCAUUCCGGAGAACAUCGCUAGGAUUUCUGACGACGCCUCGCGUUACCAGGGGAAUAUGCAGCACAUGCCUAUGACCGACGGUACUUGCAACGUCGACGGUGUCGCGGACAAUGGCAGUAUGAGUUGCCAGAACCUAGGGUCCGUCAGGAGCAUGGAUAAGGCAACGCCAAGCACAUGUCGCACUGGCAUGGAGGAACCAUCAGCUAAUUUUGAAGACGGCGCCACGAAUGCUCCUGGAACCGGAGGCAGGGAAGAGCGAGAGUUGUGCGGUGUCUGCGGCAACGUUUCGAGCAAACGGGAUGGCUUACACGGGCACGCCAAGGAAGUCACAGAUGACACAGCCCACAUUUUCAAAGCAUGUGAGCAGUCAUUUGUGAAGAUGUCCAAGUGUGCACACAACAGUACCGGCAAAAAACACAAAUGUGAAACAUGUGGUAAACAGUUCCACCGGGGAGAUCACCUAGCUGAACAUCAUCGCACACACACGGACGAGAGACCCUACAAAUGCGAAAUAUGUGAUAAAUCGUUCCGGCAGUCUAAUCAUCUAUAUAACCAUAAGCGCACGCAUACAGACGAGAGACCCCACAAAUGCGGAAUAUGUGAUAAAUCUUUCCGGCGGUUCAGUCAUUUGGAAGACCACAAGCGCACGCACACAGGUGAGAAACCCUACAUUUGCGAAACGUGCGGUAAAUCAUUCACGAAGGUGGCGAAUCUCCGUAGACAUCAGUACACUCACGAAGAGUAGAAACGCCAUGUGUGCCAAAAAUGGGCUAAUUCAUUCAAAAACAAAUAUGAUCUCAAGAGACAUGUAGGCUAGCAAUGUGGAAAGAGCGCUUCCGCCAACGCGAAAUCUGCGAU